AUGAAUAAGUCCUUCAUUGAGCGUAUCUUUCCACACAGCCCAAACAGUGCCCUUCCACGGUACGAAUAUGACUCUUCCUCCCCAGCCAGGUCUUCAACGUCAUCCGCGAAUCGUAUAUCGCUGCGGGACAGGUCCAACAGUCCUGCUUCUCCUUUGAGAUCCUCUCCCCGCUCUGCCAUCAAGGCUGCCCCUCUGAGCACAGCCAUCCACCAUGACGACCCAUUCCUGCCAAUCGAGCGAGCAGCGAAGGCUCUUGAGAGGACUUUGCAGAGCAUGAUCGAUGCCCAAUCGGACGCAUUGGAGUCUGCUCUUCCUCAAGACCAGUAUGACGAUCUGUCCUCAGUAGGCAGCCCAACGCCAACCCCAUCACUGUCAGCAACUGCGCGCGGUGAAGGGCCACGAACGAUGCCAAUCCGACAGCCUAAGCCCCAGAAGCUCACUCUACGCGGCGCCAGAAAGGGUCUAGGCAAGACUAUGAGCGAACUCGUGGCGCUGAAGAAGGAGGAGCUACAUGUCAUCCAAGCCGAGACCAGAAGCCGUGAUGGCGCCCUUCGCAAAGCGGCAGCACACAAGGACAAACGACGGUCACUAGAGACUGCUAUGCAGGAGGCCGCAAGUGAUGGUUCAGCCUCGAGUCCGGCUGCUCUCCGCGCCGAGGCGGCCUCCGUCGAACGUGAAAUUCAAGAACUCGAGGUCCGCCUAUUCGAGCUACGAAGCCGCCACCGCCAUCUACUCAACCGCGCAGAAGAGCACGAGAACGUAAUCGAGUCCAAGCUCAGCUCGUUCAAGCACUCGAUGGCUGCGGCGGAGCGUGAGGUGCAGCAAUUCCUUCGCAACCCACCUGUGCGCUGCAGUCUGAACACCUACGACGACAGCAAAUCCACACGAGGCGGCAUGUACGCACUCACUGCUGAUCGUCGGACUCUGGACAUGGCUGAGGAGCAGUGGUCCACAGAGCAGUCGCUUCUUGCACAGCGGAAGACAAACGUCGAGCGAGAACAGGCAGCACUACAGGACGGAGCCGACCUCUGGCGGGAUGCUAUAUCGCGAAUCAGCGCAUUCGAGAAGUCGUUACGGAGUAAGAUCGAUGGUGGUCUGGAUGGAGGGACAGAUUUGUCCAAUGCGCCGAUAGUCCGGGAUCUUGACACGCUGACGGAGUCCUUGGAGAAUGACUACGCCACAGCAGAGGCGAAUGAUUGGAAGUUGCUCAUGGUGGCGUUGGGUGCUGAGCUUGCGGCAUUGAGCCGAGCUAGAGAAUUACUUGUGGGUCCGUCGCCGCAAACAGAUGAGCCCCAAAAGCCGACUGAGACGGCCGUCAACGGCACGACUUCAGGAAGUCAAGCGGCCUCCAAUGCAGAAUACAGCAGCGGCGAUAACAACCCGCCUGACGGCUUUUUCAACGGUGGCGGAGGCAGCGAGUUACCGCAUUCCAGAAGAAGGAACAGUACAAGCAGUAAUGAGAGUUUGAAGGCGACCUUGGAGCGAUUUGGUGACAGCAUCCAGCAACGAGAAGUAAGGCCUGGUGACCCGACGAAGGGCAAGACGCCGAUGCGAACGGGCAAUCCGUCUCGGAUAUCAAUGAUGGAUGGCGAUGAUGAUAGCGAGGAGGACGAUGGGCCGAGUGCGGAUCUGCUGCUUUCGCGCGGCUAG